CAUUACAACAUUUCAAUCUUUGAAAUGACAACAGUUGACAAACACUGAUAGGAUAAGCAGAUCAUAAAGCAAUUCUUUUGAGGCUAAUUGAGCGGCUUUGCUUUCAACAACAGCACAUUGAAUAAUCCAAAGAAGCAGAAGACAUCUAUAUAUAUUUGUAAUGUGCAGUAUUAGUACUUUAGUUUGCUCGUCAUUGUCCAGUCCAGCAGGGGUCACUGUUGGCUCUGAACUCGGUGUCUUUGUUUACUUGCCGCUGGCUCUCUUUGCUCGAUCCGAGCCUCGAUGUGCGCAGGAAGGAGGAACAUGUCCGCCUUGCAGGUGCUACUGGUGUCGGUACAUGAGCGGAUCAGCGCUGCCGCUGAAGACUUUCUGCUGCAGGUGGAGAAAGGAGGAGAAACGGCUCAAGUCCCGUCGCUGAGAGCGAUGCUAACCGAGCGGCUAACGGCGGCGGCUGAGGCGAUCCUUGCGGUGAUUGCGGAAACCGUGGCAGAGUACGAAGACCGAGUGGAGCAGUCAGAACGGGAGAUCUGCCGCCAGAGGAGGCUGCUCGAUGCCGUGAUGAAACCCGUAGUCCGGCUGCACAGAGCAGACAUCCUGCAACUGGUGGUGACUAAAGAAGAGGUUCCCUCUGAGCAGCAGCAGUGGAGCUCGCUUGUGGACCAGGAGGACCCAGAGCCCCCCCACAUUAAAGAGGAACUGCAGACCAAUCAGAAAGGAGAGCCGCUUCAACAACUGGAAGAGGCUGAUAUGAAGUUCACAUUGACUCCGUUCGCUUUGAAGAGUGAAGAAGACGAAGGGAAACCUCAGUUGACACAGCUUCAUCAGAAUCAGACUGAGGAGGACAGCGCAGACUUUGGAGGCCAAGAACCAGCCAGGAACUUCGAUACUGAUGGACAUUUACAACCAGAUCCUGAGGACCAGAAUGAAGUCUCUUGUGAUACUGAAAAGCUGGAGAUCUGCCGCCAAAAGAGGCUGCUUGAUGUUGUGAUGAUGCCUGAAGUCCGGCUGCACAGAGCAGACAUCCUGCAACUGGUGGUGACUAAAGAAGAGGUUCCCUCUGAGCAGCAGCAGUGGAGCUCGCUUGUGGACCAGGAGGACCCAGAGCCCCCCCACAUUAAAGAGGAACAGGAGGAACCGUGGACCAAUCAGAAGGGAGAGCAGCUUCAACAACUGGAAGAGGCUGAUAUGAAGUUCACAUUGACUCCGUUCACUGUGAAGAGUGAAGAAGACGAAGAGAAACCUCAGUUGACACAGAUUCAUCAGAGUCAGACUGAGGAGGACAGCGCAGACUUUGGAGGCCCAGAACCAGCCAGGAACUUAGGUCCUGAUGGACAUUUACAACCAGAUCCUGAGGACCAGAAUGAAGACUCUUGUGAUACUGAAGAGCAGGAGAUCUGCCGCCAGAGAAGGCUGCUCAAUGUUGUGAUGAUGCCCGAAGUCCGGCUGCACAGAGCAGAAAUCCUGCAACUGGUUGUGAGUAAAGAAGAGGUUCCCUCUGAGCAGCAGCAGUGGAGCUCGCUUGUGGAACAGGAGCCCCCCCACAUUAAAGAGGAACUGUGGACCAAUCAGAAGGAAGAGCCGCUUCAACAACUGGAAGAGGCUGAUAUGAAGUUCACAUUGACUCCGUUCACUGUGAAGAGUGAAGAAGACAAAGAGAAACCUCAGUUGACACAGCUUCAUCAGAGUCAGACUGAGGAGAACAGUGCAGACUUUGGAGGCCCAGAACCAGCCAGGAACUUAGGUCCUGAUGGACAUUUACAACCAGAUCCUGAGGACCAGAAUGAAGACUCCACUGAGACUGAAGUCAGUGAUGAUGAUCGGGUUCCGACCAGUGGCUUAAAUAUAAGAAAUAACAAAAAGCCUGUAAGUGAUAUGAGACGUAAAACUGAUAAGAAACCCUUUAGUUGCUCUGAGUGUGCUAAAAGAUAUCGUUAUAAGAGCGCUCUUAUUCAACAUAGUAGAGUUCAUACAGGAGAGAAACCAUUUAGUUGCACUCAUUGUGCUAAAAGAUUUAGGUAUAAGUUUGGUCUUACUGAACAUAGUAGAAUUCAUACAGGAGAGAAACCAUUUACUUGCACUCACUGUGCUAAAAGAUUUAGCCAAAGGGGUUAUUUAACUGUACAUCUGAGGUGUCAUACAGGAGAGAAACCAUUUAGUUGCACUCAUUGUGCUAAAAGAUUUAGUUAUAAGGCUGGUCUUACUGAACACAGUAGAAUUCAUACAGGAGAGAAAUUAUUGACUUGCACUCAUUGUGCUAAAAUAUUUAGCCAUAGGGGUCAUUUAACUGUGCAUUUGAGGUGUCAUACAGGAGAGAAACCCUUUAGUUGCACCCAGUGUGGUCGGACAUUUAGCCGGAAUGGCUCAUUAACCAGUCAUAUGUUGAGUCAUACAGGAAAGAAACCAUUUAGUUGCACUUUUUGUGGUCAAACAUUUGGCAGAAAUAGCAAUUUAGCUGUACACAUGAGAAGACAUCUAGGAGAGAAACCAUUUAGUUGCACCCAGUGUGGUCAGAGAUUUGCAGAAAGGGACUCAUUAAAUUUACAUAUAAGAAGUCAUACAGGAGAGAAACCAUACAGUUGCUCUCAGUGUGGUAAAAGAUUUAUGGAAAAGUCUAUCUUAAAGGUGCAUAUGAGAAUUCAUACAGGAGAGAAACCAUUUAGUUGCUCUGAGUGUGGUAAAAGAUUCAGAAUAAAAAAAGGUUUAACUAACCACAUGAGAAUUCAUACAGGUGAGAAACCAUUUAGUUGCACCCAGUGUGGUAGGACAUUUGGCCAAAGUAACUCAUUAACUCGUCAUAUGAGGAGUCUUCAUUCAUGCAGUGACUUAGCAUAAUUGAUAUAAGUUUACAGCUACGUUUGUUGUUUUGACAAUGUCUUUCCUAUGGUUGGUAACCCAAACUCAUGUUCAAAUUAGAUCGUAAUCCAAAAUGCCGUGUACUGUGUACCCGUUACAUCUGGGGGAUUAAUUCCAUUCUGUUUAUCGGUAACUAAACUGCAAGUAGGCCAUAUGUAUCUCCUUUUUAAAAUCUCAUCUGAAAAUUCAUCAUUUUUAAACAGAAAUAUUGCGUUUCAUUGUCUUCUAAGGCUGUGCAGUUAAUCAAGUUUUAAUCGCAAUUUCGAUUAUGGGGUCAAACUACUAUAAUUGAGUUGAAACGAUUACCUGACUUUUUUUGUCGAAAGAGCCGCACAUGCGCAAUUCAGUCCUUCCCCAAAAGCAUUCAGCAGCCCAGCUGACUGGCACUCACUCUCAAGCAGCUGUUAAGUGAAGGAGGCGAGUUGUGUGUGUUGUGACCGACGGUGAAAAAACAGUGUGAGUGGAAAAGCAGGGAGGGCAGCCCACACUGCAGCAGCACACCAUGUAGCGGCUGCUCACCGCUAUUUUCAAGGGUGCUCCCGCCUGGCUAUUCAGACCGGACCUGCAUUUCUCUGCGCCGGUCAGCCUGCCAUUCUCCGCUUGCUGUUGUAUGUAACCUGUUCAAUGUAGGGGUUAAGGGGGUAAAUGAUGACGUUCCUCAUAGCCAUCCCCCACCCCUCUCUUUAUCUCUCUGUCUGCUUGUAGUGGGGGUGCAGAUGGGGACAUUUAAUAAUGAGAGAAAAUUUCAAAGUUCUCAGUUACAAUGUGUUUUUUUGGAGAGUGUUAGGGUUGCCAUCAUUAAGGGUUUGAAUAACCGGGCACCGAUAGCCUGGUUUCAUGGAGGAAUAAUACACACAGCCGUCAUCGGUGUUUACCUGAACCGGAAGUGAUUCCCUUUAUUGCGCACGCUCCAGUCAUUUAUAGAAUAAAGCAUAUGCUUCAGAUUAAUAGCACAUAUUUACAAUCAUUUGAAUAAUUGUGAUUUUGAUAUUGUCCAAAAAAUCGCAUUGUUUUUUGUUGUGUUUUUAUAGCUGCUGUGUAAGGUGACCUUGAGUGCUCUGAAACGCUAGAAAUAAAUAGCUGACUUGUAAAAAUAAGACAAUAAAAUGUAUGCAUUAUGAUUGCAUGUGAGAAAAUAGGUUCUCCAUGAAGAGGAGCAACCUCCCAACCAGCCUAGACCCUCACCCAGUGCUGCUGCUAGCCAUUUUGGCCCUAAGCAUAACUCCUUUAUGAUGCCCCCCCCC